AUGUCCGAGACGGCGCCUGCUCCUGCUGCCGAGGCGGCGCCCGCCGCUGCCGCUGCUCCGGCCCCCGCGGCCAAGGCCGCCGCCAAGAAGCCGAAGAAGGCGGCGGGCGGCUCCAAAGCCCGCAAGCCCUCGGGCCCCAGCGUCACCGAGCUGAUCACCAAGGCCGUGUCCGCCUCCAAGGAGCGCAAGGGGCUCUCCUUGGCCGCCCUCAAGAAGGCGCUGGCGGCCGGCGGCUACGAUGUGGAGAAGAACAACAGCCGCAUCAAGCUGGGGCUCAAGAGCCUCGUCAGCAAGGGCACCCUGGUGCAGACCAAAGGCAUCGGCGCUUCUGGCUCUUUCAAGUUGAGCAAGAAGCCGGGUGAGACGAAGGAAAAAGCCCCAAAGAAGCGGGCAGCGGCAGCCAAGCCCAAGAAGCCGGCAGCCAAGAAGCCAGCGAGCGCCGCCAAGAAGCCGAAGAAGGCAGCGGCAGUGAAGAAGAGCCCUAAGAAAGCCAAGAAGCCGGCGGCCGCCGCAGCCAAGAAAGCGGCCAAGAGCCCCAAGAAGGCAGCCAAGGCUGCAAAGCCCAAGAAGGCAGCGAAGAGUCCGGCCAAGGCGAAAGCGGUGAAGCCGAAGGCUGCUAAGCCCAAGGCAGCCAAGCCUAAAGCAGCCAAGGCAAAGAAGGCAGCGCCCAAGAAGAAGUAAGCCCAGCAGGAAGAAAAUUCUUGGUCUGCUCUUGAAAACAACGGCUCUUUUAAGAGCCACCCAAGCUCUCCCAAAAGGAGCUGAGAUACAGCUUUUAUACACAACGUUUUUUACUAAAAAAAUAAAAAAAUGAAUAGGCAGUCCUGCAGCUCUACUUAGCGUCCUAUUACUAAAUUUUAUACAUAUAAACACACGAGACGACCUCAGUCGGUCAAAAUACGUUCCUUUCGCUAUACACGCCCUUCUCUCCCCCCCGUAGUCCCGUAACCGUUUUUUUUAAUUAACUUUUUACAAUCGCAACGGUUUUAUCUUAAAG